AUGGCCGAUAGAAUAGACGCAGCCAGCGGCUAUGCGCCGGUUCUCACGGCGCUGGCCACUAUGCAAAGCAAUGUUGCCAGUAAACAAAAAUCUGAGGCUCAUGAGUUUCUUGAGACAUUCCAAAAAUCGUCUGAAGCAUGGAAUACUACGCACGCCAUUCUACGAGAUACCUCAGCACCGGUCGAAGCGAGAUUGUUCGCUGCCACAACUCUGAAGGGAAAGAUCACCUACGACCUACAUCAACUACCCGAGGAUGCUCUGACGCCGCUCCGUGAUUCACUCCUUUCUUUACUUCAGCUCUAUAUCUCUGGUCCGAGACCGAUCCGAACACAACUUUCUGUAUGCCUUGCACGUUUGGCAAUUCAAUUGACAUCAUGGAAGGACGUUUUAAGCACAGUAGGAUCGGCUGUCGGUACCAGUAGCGAUGGCGGAGAUUGUCUACUCGACUUCCUGCGAAUCCUACCAGAAGAGGUCACAGAAGGCCGCAAAAUCAACCUUUCAGAAGAGGAACUUGCCGAUAGGACCAAGGAACUCCUUGAGGAUAACGCCGCUCAGGUCUUGAAUCUUCUGGUGUCGUACGCACAGUCGUCGACACAAGCAUCUCACAACCCUCGAUUAUAUUCGUGUAUAGCGUCAUGGCUACGAGAAAUCCCAAUCACCGACGUUGUGAAUUCGCCUCUGUUGAACGAAAUCAUCGAGGCCCUUAACGACACUGACUCGUUUGAAGCUGCAGUGGAUUGCCUUUGCGCCAUGUUCAGAGACACGCGAGAUGUCGACGAAUCACAGAGUGUCAUUCGAGUCCUUUAUCCGCGGAUCGUCAAUCUGAGACCGAUGAUAUUACAAGCCGCCUCGAUGGAAGACCACGAUCUCAUGAAAGGCAUUACGAGACUAUUCGCAGAGGCCGGCGAGGCUUGGGUAGUUCUGAUUGCGCGUAUGCCCACAGAAUUCCGAGACAUCGUCGAAUGCGUCCUGGAAUGUUGUAUGCGCGAUCAGGAUCGGGAAGCCAUCUCCGUCACCUUUGUUUUCUGGUUCGAGCUCAAGCAAUGUAUAACCCUGGAAAAGUAUAUGCCAGCUCGAGCAUCGUUGGCAGACCUAUACUCGAAACUGGUGGAUAUCAUGAUCAAGCACCUCGAAUACCCUACGCCUGAAGAUGGAGAUGAACAGGACUUAUUUGAUGGCGACAGAGAGCAGGAAGAUAAAUUCCGGGGCUUCAGACACAACAUGGGCGAUGUUCUGAAGGACUGCUGUGAAGUUAUUGGCGUCACACAGUGCCUUACCAAGGCCUUUGCCCUGAUACAGAGUUGGGGUCAAAAGUACGCCUCUCUAGUUUCGGGCACCAAUGUACCACACUGGCAAGAACUUGAAGCGCCUUUGUUCAGUUUGAGGGCGAUGGGACGGAUGGUCGGCCCCGAGGAAAGCUCGGUGCUUCCUCAAGUCAUACCACUUCUGACCACUGUCCCCGACCACGAGAAGCUAAAAUUUCAAGCAAUCAUGGCGCUGGCUCGCUACACUGAAUGGACAGCUCAGCAUCCCGAGACCCUCGAGGCACAGCUCAAUUAUGUCAUCUCCGGGUUCAGUCACAACUCUCAGGAAGUCGUGCAGGCAGCAGCUUUAGCUUUCAGAUUCCUCGGCAAUGACUGCUCUAAGCUGCUCGGUCAUCAUAUCCCUCAGCUCCAUCAGUUCUACGAAAGUGUCAUCGACAAGCUCAAACCAUCAAGUCAGGAAGAGGUCACUGAAGGGGUUGCGGCAGUUGUGGCCGUGCAACCUGUUGGGAAGAUCUAUGAAAGCCUCAAGAUGUUCUGCGACCCUGUCAUGAACAGAGUGGUUUCUUUUGCAUCACAUGCGAAAGACGAGAGUGCCGAGAAGGUUGUCGCUGACUAUCUAGGAUUGGUAACAAUCUUUUUCGACUGCGUUCAACCUUACGUAUCGCCGUCCGAGGAGAACCCGGCGGUCAAAUAUUGUCAAGAGAUUCUACCGGCGCUCUCCGGCAUCGCGAAGCACUUUACAAGAUCAAUACCGAUUCUGGAACGGGUUUGCAAAUGUUAUCGAACCAUGGUCAUUUCCUACCGAACCGCAACUGCUCCCCUCCUCCCUACGUUAGCCACGAGCAUCGCUGAGGGAUUUCAAGCGUCGAGACAAGGGUGUUUCCUCUGGGCGACGGAUGCCGUGAUCCGGGAGUUUUCAUACGGCGUAGAAUUCGUCGACGAAGCGACCAGUGAGAACGUCUUCCGAUUCUUCGCUCAGCAAUCAACUGUCUUUUUCAAGAUCCUGACAGAACUGCAGCCGGUUGAACUUCCCGAUGUGAUCGAGGACUUCUUCCGGCUUGCUUCUGAUGCUGUUCGGUUCUAUCCCACCAAGACGAUUACUUCAGACCUGGCACUCCCAAUGGUCCAAGCAUCUUUGACAGCUCUGACGCUACAGUCCUUGGAACCGAUCCAAGCGGCAUUGCUAUUCUUGCGAGAUUUUCUGGAUUUCGGCUUUGAGAACCCACCGGUAUCCAACCUGAACGGACCGAACGGAGAGCCUACGGCUGCGAACCCUCUUGAAGUUCGGACCGCCGUGAAGCAAGUCCUCAAUUCUGUUGGACAAGAGCUGGUGCACCGAGUUUUGACAGGCAUGAUGUUCAGCUUUCCAGAGGAUUGCUUUCCCGACGCUUCUGCCAUUCUGCUUACUCUGUUCAACCUGGAACCUCAGGCUGCAGCCCAGUGGGUCCAAGGAACCCUGCAACUCCUACCUGUCGGCACCUUAAAGCCGGCCGAGGCCAACAAACUGAUGAAAGGUAUCAGCGACAAACUCCAACAGAACGAGCUGCGGAAAGUGAGGGUACUGCUCCAGGAUUUUACCAAUUCGUACCGACGGAGGAAUGUGGCACCGCGGGAGGGCUUAGGCAGAUUGGAAGCGACGAGAUUCAGAUUUAGCGGAUGA